UCCAACGUCCCUCCCUUCUUCCUUUCCUCCCUCCAUCCCUCCCUCCUUUCCUCCCUCCGUCGCAGAAACGUCACUUGCGUGGCCCUGGAUCCGCAUCCUGCUGCAGUCGCUCUUGCAAAGGCGAAUGCUGCUCGACUGGGUUUCCCUCCAUCCGCUUACCAGGUCGUGCAGGGCGCGCUAGGGGAGGACGAGGGGGAGGGAGGGGAGGAGGGAGUGAAGGAGGGAGGGAUGGUGGCAAGCCUCUUGGGGGCCGGAGGCUUGAAAGGAGGCAGUAUAGAGGGGGAAUGGGAAACGAAGGGGCGCAAAAAAUUCGACUUCAUUGUCGCGAACCCUCCGUACAUCCCCGACGCGGAUAUGGGCCGGCUUCAGGCGGAGGCGACGACGGAACUCGAAUAA